CUCCUCCCAAAACAGCAUUCACCAUCUCAGGUCUCUUCAUCAUCUUCCGAUCUCUUCAUCGAGGCUUCAGUAUCUCCUUCGAUUCCCAUCUGCUUUUUCAUCGCUUUUAUUCGAAUAUAUUGAAUGCUUGAUUUAUUUUUUUGGCGUAUUGUAACGGUUAUAUGUUCGAGGUUGGCAUUCUGUGAUUUAUAGACGAUAAUCUUCUAAAGAACGUGGUUUUAGAGGAAUUUGGAUUGUAAGAGUGAAUUUUUAAAAUUGUUGGGGAUUAGGGUUUUGGGUUGUGGUCGUGGAUUAAGAAAAGAUCGAACUUUUCAAAUAUGAGAACAUCUUGGGCGGAUUCUGUUGAGAAUACAGCAGCUCCAGGUUCUUUUGAUAACAAUGCAGCUGCUGCUAGGUCUUCGGCUCCCACCAAAUCUGCUUAUGUUCCGCCCCAUCUUCGUAACAGGCCACCUACAGCAGCAGAGCCACCAGCUCCUUCUUAUAGUGGCCCAUCAUCGGGUAGUGAUAGGCCUGACUCUGGCGGAUCUACAACUGGAUCCCGCUGGGGUGGUUCUAGGCCUGACUCUGGACGCCAAGGAUAUGGUGGCGGUGGUCGGGGUGGUGCUGGUUGGGGCACCAGAGGUGGUGGCUGGGGCAGAGAGAGAGAGGUAAAUCCUUUUGGCACUGAUGACAUUGAUAGUGAAGCAGAGCUUGCAAUUAGUGAGCAGGAAAAUACAGGUAUCAACUUUGAUGCAUAUGAGGAUAUCCCAGUGGAGACAAGUGGAAAUAAUGUGCCACCUCCGGUAAAUACAUUUGCGGAAAUAGACCUGGGGGAUGCACUGAAUCUAAAUAUUCGGAGGUGCAAAUAUGUCAAGCCGACUCCUGUUCAGCGUCAUGCAAUACCCAUAUCUCUAGGAGGACGAGAUUUAAUGGCCUGUGCUCAGACUGGGUCUGGGAAGACAGCAGCUUUUUGUUUUCCAAUCAUCAGUGGAAUUAUGAGGGGGAAUUUUCCGCAGAGACCACGUGGAAUGCGGACUGUGUUCCCCCUUGCUUUGAUUCUCUCUCCUACAAGGGAGCUCUCAAUGCAGGUGGGUUUUGUUAAUUAA